CUGAAUAACUUCGCGGUAGCCGAAUGCCAGCUGAUGAAGACUGAGCGGCCUCGGCCCAACACCUUCGUCAUCCGAUGCUUGCAGUGGACAACGGUCAUCGAGAGGACCUUCCACGUGGACUCUCCUGAAGAGAGCGAGGAGUGGAUGCGAGCCAUCCAGACGGUAGCAAACAGCCUGAAGAACCAGGAAUCAGAGACGGACACAAUGGAUUACAAGUGCGGAUCUCCUAACGACAGCACCAGCACUGAGGAGAUGGAAGUGGCCGUCAGCAAAACCCGCGCCAAGGCCACCAUGAACGAUUUCGAUUACCUGAAGCUCCUGGGAAAGGGCACUUUCGGCAAAGUCAUCUUGGUGCGGGAAAAGGCCACUGGCCGCUAUUACGCCAUGAAAAUCCUACGGAAAGAGGUCAUCAUUGCAAAAGACGAGGUGGCGCACACUGUUACGGAGAGCCGGGUGCUGCAGAACACCAGGCACCCCUUCCUCACCGCACUGAAAUAUGCCUUUCAGACGAACGACCGGCUGUGCUUUGUCAUGGAGUACGCCAACGGCGGAGAGCUGUUUUUCCACCUCUCAAGAGAACGUGUCUUUACGGAGGACCGAGCCCGUUUCUACGGCGCGGAAAUAGUCUCUGCACUGGAGUACCUGCACUCCCGGGAUGUGGUGUACAGGGACAUUAAGCUGGAAAACCUCAUGCUGGACAAAGACGGCCACAUCAAAAUCACCGACUUUGGGCUCUGCAAGGAAGGCAUCACGGAUGGAGCCACCAUGAAGACCUUCUGUGGCACUCCCGAGUACCUGGCUCCGGAGGUCCUGGAGGACAAUGAUUACGGCCGCGCCGUGGACUGGUGGGGCCUGGGGGUUGUCAUGUACGAGAUGAUGUGCGGCCGCCUCCCCUUCUACAACCAGGACCACGAACGCCUCUUUGAGCUGAUCCUCAUGGAGGAGAUCCGCUUCCCUCGUACCCUCAGCCCCGAGGCCAAAUCCUUGCUGGCCGGGCUGCUCAAGAAGGAUCCCAAACAGAGGCUCGGCGGAGGUCCCAACGACGCCAAGGAGGUGAUGGAGCAUCGCUUCUUCGCCCCCAUCAACUGGCAGGACGUGGUUCAGAAGAAGCUGGUCCCACCCUUCAAGCCCCAAGUGACGUCCGAGAUCGACACACGGUAUUUCGACGAUGAAUUCACCGCCCAAUCCAUCACCAUCACCCCACCGGAUCGCU